AUGACACCAAUUUCAGAUGAGUUCCAAACAUCCUUCCUGGACAGGCAGUGUCCGUACCUGGGAAAGAGUAAAGAAGCUUCCUGCAAAAGUGAACCGCCCCACAGGGUUUGGGGAGACAUAUUGGCAGCACUAUCCAUCGUCACACCCUUUUCCUUCGUUUCUCUCUUCCCUUUUCCCUAUCUCUCCAACCACCCCUUCCUUUCUUCCUUGUCUCAAC